CAAUACAAUUGUCUCCCUCAAUAAAAUCAGACCAAACUUGGCUUUGAGUAUCCCCUCCUCACAGACACUGCCCUGCCCCCCUUUCCCAACACAACAACCCACAAAGACACUCAGACUGUGACACGCAAACACACACAAAUACAUAUAUACACACUAGCCUACAAUACUAAAUGGUUGAGACACAGCCUGAUCUGUGUCCCGUGUCCCUCCUCCCUGUCCUGGUCCAUGUUUGAGUUUUUGGGUCUGGAAGAUAUAGUUAGUAGCAGCAGCAGUAGUAAUACUAGGAGUAGUUGAAAGUGGUGGUGGCGGCGGUGGAGAUGAAUAGUGGUGGUGUAGGAGGGGUGGGGGGAGUCACGGGGGGGAUGGGGACAGGGGUGUUGGCAAUGAGGUCUCCAUUUACAGUGUCUCAGUGGCAAGAACUGGAACACCAAGCUUUGAUUUUUAAGUACAUGGUGGCAGGUUUGCCUGUGCCACCUGAUCUGGUGCUCCCCAUUCAGAAGAGCUUUGAGUCCAUUUCUCAUAGAUUUUUCCACCAUUCCACCGCGGGUUAUUGCUCCUUCUAUGGGAAGAAGGUUGACCCGGAGCCGGGACGAUGCAGGAGAACUGAUGGCAAGAAGUGGAGGUGCUCCAAAGAUGCAUACCCAGACUCCAAGUAUUGUGAGCGCCACAUGCACCGUGGCCGCAACCGUUCAAGAAAGCCUGUGGAAUCACAAACUAUGACACAGUCAUCGUCCACUGUGACAUCACUGACUGUUACUGGAAGCAGCAGUGGGACCGGAGGCUUCCAGAACCUUCCAUUGCACACCUUUGGUAAUCUCCAGGGCACUGGUUCUGGAACUAACCAAUCCCAUUAUAAUAUGGACUCCAUUCCCUAUGGAAUCCCUAGCAAAGAUUACAGGUAUGGUCAAGGACUUAAGUCUGAGGUUGGGGAGCAUAGCUUCAUCUCUGAAGCUUCAGGAAGCAACAGGAGUCUCCAGAUUGACUCGCAGCUAGACAGUGCAUGGCCUUUGAUGCAAUCCAGAGUCUCAUCAUUUGCCACGUCAAAGUCGGCUGAUAAUUCAAUGUUGCAGAAUGAUUAUCCCCAGCAUUCAUUUUUUGAUGGUGCAUUUACAACUGGGGAACCUGUGAAGCAGGGCGGUCAGUCUCUUCGACCCUUCUUUGACGAGUGGCCUAAAACCAGGGACUCUUGGUCUGGCUUUGAAGAUGACAGAUCCAACCCAACUUCAUUUUCUACAACCCGCCUUUCAAUAUCUACUCCCAUGGCUUCAUCCGACUUGUCCACACCAAGCUCUCGUUCACCACAUGAUAACCGAGAGAGUAUGUCAAGAAUUGAUGGAGCUGUUGCAGAAUGUCCUGGCAAAUUGUAACAGUAUCUAACAUGCAGAUGCUUGAAAGAUCCGUCGAUCCCUUGACGUACUUUGAUUUUCAAUCACGGUUAAAUCUGUUGUGGUUAUCCGCAUAGAUGUUUGUGUAAUGCAUACAUUUGAAGCUUUGCAAACUCCAGUUUUAGUUUGUAGAAUAAAACAAAUUCAGCUGUGGUGAUUGAGAAACCAAGAAUAUUGUGGGAUUCUGUAUUGAAACAGGGGGCAACAAUUUUUGGCUUCACUUGGAACUAGUUGCUUCUUGGUAUAUAAAAAUUAUUAGCUUGCAGAUCA